GUUCCUGUCAAGUCCAGGAGUAAACGGGGUCUGCGAACAGGUGCCGGGAGGGGCCACACCGAGCUUUCACCGCGUCCAGGACUCAUUCCUACAUCAUUCCUAAGUUUGCUUUUAUUUUCCUCUGCGAAGAGCGACAAGUGGCACUCUGGGACACAGAGGGGAAAGGAUUUGUGCAGAGUAUUAAAGCAGCUGAGGCGUUCAGGUUCCCGAGUAGGUCUCCCCUGCCCACCUUAACAUGGCUUCAACGACAUGCACCAGGUUCACUGAUGAGUACCAGCUGUACGAGGAGCUGGGGAAGGGAGCCUUCUCUGUGGUCAGGCGGUGCAUGAAGAUUUCCACAGGACAGGAAUACGCCGCCAAAAUAAUCAAUACCAAGAAGCUGUCGGCCAGGGAUCAUCAGAAGUUGGAGAGAGAGGCCAGGAUCUGCCGCCUGCUCAAGCAUCCCAACAUCGUGCGGCUCCACGACAGCAUAUCAGAGGAGGGAUUCCACUACCUGGUCUUUGACUUAGUUACAGGUGGCGAGCUGUUUGAGGACAUUGUUGCCAGGGAGUACUACAGCGAAGCUGACGCCAGUCAUUGCAUUCAGCAGAUCCUAGAGGCUGUGCUCCACUGCCACCAGAUGGGCGUGGUCCACCGCGACCUCAAGCCAGAGAACUUGCUCCUAGCCAGCAAGCUGAAGGGGGCGGCAGUCAAACUGGCAGAUUUUGGCCUGGCCAUUGAAGUGCAGGGUGACCAGCAGGCAUGGUUUGGCUUCGCCGGGACACCAGGGUACCUGUCCCCAGAGGUGCUGAGGAAAGAUCCCUACGGCAAGCCGGUGGACAUGUGGGCCUGUGGUGUGAUCCUCUACAUUCUCCUGGUGGGAUAUCCUCCAUUCUGGGACGAGGACCAGCACAGACUCUACCAGCAGAUUAAAGCUGGAGCUUAUGAUUUCCCCUCCCCAGAGUGGGACACCGUGACUCCAGAGGCCAAAGACCUGAUCAACAAGAUGCUGACCAUCAAUCCAGCCAAGAGAGUCACUGCCACAGACGCUCUCAAACACCCCUGGAUCUGCCAACGCUCCACUGUGGCGUCCAUGAUGCACAGACAGGAGACUGUGGAGUGCCUGAAGAAAUUCAACGCAAGAAGGAAACUCAAGGGUGCCAUCCUGACUACCAUGCUCGCCACUCGCAACUUCUCAGCAGCCAAGAGCCUGCUGAACAAGAAACCAGAUGGUGUCAAAAUCAACAACAAGGCCAAUGUGGUCACCAGCCCCAAAGAGCCUGUCCCCACUCCUUCUCUGGAGCCUCAAACCACAGUUAUCCACAACCCUGCUGAUGGAAACAAGGAGUCCAGUGAGAGUGCCAACACUACCAUCGAGGACGAGGACGUGAGAGCUCGUAAGCAGGAGAUCAUUAAAGUCACUGAGCAGCUGAUUGAAGCCAUCAACAACGGAGACUUUGAGGCGUACACGAAGAUAUGUGAUCCUGGCCUCACCUCCUUUGAGCCUGAGGCCUUGGGAAACUUGGUGGAGGGCACCGACUUCCACCGCUUCUACUUUGAGAACGCUCUGUCUAAGGGGAAACAGCCGAUCCACACCAUCCUGCUCAACCCCCACGUCCACCUGAUCGGGGACGAGGCCGCCUGCAUCGCCUACAUCCGCCUCACCCAGUACAUCGACAGCAACGGCAUGCCUCGCACCAUGCAGUCAGAGGAAACCCGCAUCUGGCACCGCCGCGACAGCAAGUGGCAGAACAUCCACUUCCACCGCUCCGGCUCGCCCACCGUGCCCACCAAUUGAGAGGACGAUAUUCGACGACAAACACCCUCCAGCCUACAGCAGUCAGCUGACAAGACCCCACCCGCCAAGUGUCCAUCCAAUCCCUGCCCAUGAUAGCUAGAGCUCCGCCCUCUCAGUGUGUUGUUUACAUAUUGUCGCUGCUGGACUGAAGAUUAUUGUACAUGUGGGGGAAAAAAAAAACAAAAUGAGGGAGAAAACUUCAAAUACUGACAAUAUCAUUUUGUAGUGAGAGUGUGUGGUGUUCAUUGCGGGAUAUUCUCACCCACAGCAUGUUUUAUUACUCAGAGGUUUUUUAGAUCAGUACCUUUUAAAUAGAAAUGGUUUUCAGAGGAGCCACUUGUUCCAGUUGAUUGAUUUUUAAUGGGCUGGUCAAAUAUGUGAAACUUCCAGUUAUCAUGUAGUGAGUUUUUCAUUUGAAUAUUGCACAUAUUGAGGACUCUUGAGCUAUUGUGAUGUUUAAGCCUUUUGGCACGAUGACCAGUAUAUCACAUAUCUGCUUCUUACUCAUGUAUGUUCAGAAUUGCCAUUUAUUAAAGCUCAGACACAGGCUUGCUUUGGUUUGGUGAUGUAUAGGUUCUGGUAAUCGAUGUAAAUUGCUCUCUCUUUGCUUAAUCUUUAGCAGUAUCCAUAUGAACUGAGUUGGCUAAUUUUACAGAUCUUUUUUCUGGUUUGCUGUUGGCACUAAGUUUGUUUGAUAGGAAUUUUAACUACAUGUGUAAAAGGGAAAAUCAGUUGAAACAUGACCUCCAUCAUCACAGAGCAGCAUGUGAGAAGAGUCUCGUAUGAUAGAAUGUAAACUAUAGAACAGAUUUUUAAAGGCCAUUCUGACUCUUUCCAGUUAAAUCAUAUUUUCAUAAAGCAAGGAGUUAAUUAUGUGAAUUUUAUCAGUUCUAUUUUGUUUUGUUUACUUUUUAUAUUGUGAUAUUGAUGCUUUCCCUCCACCUCUCAUUAUUAUUGGUUUCCUUUAAGCCCUUUUAACCCAGAUUGGUGGUUCCUUUAUUCUUAAUUCCUUUAUUUGACCUAUAUUGCAUGUUCUACUUGUGUAUGCCAAUGUUUUACACUGGACAGGACUAAAGUAGAAUCACGAUGUUCACACUGACAUGAAUGACAAAUUUAUGUCAAGCUGAAAUGUUUGGUUCUGGAAGUUCUUCAUUGAUUUUUGGCCAAAAUGACUCACCAGUAAAUCACCAUUCUCUUUUGGUUAUUAAUAUGUUACUAUAAUUAUGUUAUUGCAGUGUCAGUGUUUAGUUAAGGCACAGGGUAUUGUUGGCAUCACUUGCAGAUUUAUAUGAAAACACAAAAAAGGAAAUUUAAUUCCACCAGGGGGAGAAGAAGCAGUAGUGUUCAAAGAUGAAGUCACAGGUGUUAACUGAUGAUUUGUGUUCAGGAAAUUUAGAUUUUGUUUUGUUUUUUUUGCUUUGGUAUAUAAGGAAUGACAUCACUUACACACCACACUUUGUUUUUAUCUUUCUAAGAUGUGCUGAAAUUGGACACUGGUAUAAAAUGUUACAAUGAUGAGACAAACCUGAUGUAUGUAUAAGAAAUAUCAAAUAAAUUGUGUGAUUUAUGCCAAAUAAUUUGGUUUGUACAGCUUUCAUUUAGUCUUAAUUUCCUACUGUUUUAACUGCCAUAAUCUUAAAAUGUGUUUUUAUUAAUGCAGUUUACUGAAGGCUU